AUGCUAAUUUCAUUGUUGAUUCUUGCAUUUUUAGGAGUUGGAAUUAUUUCCGUUCCUUAUGCCCUCGCAUCGGGCGGAUGGCUAAAUUUAAUACUUCUUUUCGUAAUUGCCCUCACGAUGUUUUACUCUGGCUUGCUGAUUCAACGAUGCAUGGAUGUGAAGUCUGAUAUUAGAACCUAUCCAGAAGUUGGAGAGAUUGCAUUUGGAAGCAAUGGGAAGAUAAUAGUAUCAAUUGUCACGUACGUGGAGCUGUAUUUGGUUGCCACUGGAUUCCUAAUUCUUGGAGGAGAUAACUUGAACAAUAUGUUUCCCAACGUCGAGUUUGAACUCCUCGGCUUUAGAAUUGCUGGGCAAGCCUUCUUCGUUUUGGUCAUUGCUCUCAUUAUCUUGCCGUCGGUUUGGCUUAACGACAUGAGUCUUUUCUCUUUCAUCUCGGCCAGUAGUGUUUUGGCGUUGGCCAUCAUCCUCGGCUCUGUUCUCUGGUGUGGUGCUUUUGAUGGGAUUGGAUUCCAACACAAAGGGACUCUCGUCAAUUGGAAAGGGAUUCCAAAUUCCAUCAGCUUAUUCAUCUUCUGUUACGGUGCACAUCCAGUUUUCCCAACCUUGUACACUUCCAUGAAGAACAAACACGAGUUCUCCAAGGUUCUAACUUUAAGCUUUUUAAUCUGCACUUUUUGCUAUGCCUCUAUGGCUGUCAUGGGAUAUGCCAUGUUUGGCUCAGACAUUCAAUCACAGAUAACCUUAAAUCUCCCGAAGGAAAAACUCAGCUCUUUAGUUGCAAUCUACGCAACUUUACUCAACCCUAUUUGCAAAUAUGCAUUAAUGACUAUUCCAAUAGUAAAUGCCAUUAGGAAUCAAUUUCCAUUGAACUACAAUAGAAAGCCAUUGGCCAUCCUUAUUGGUACCAUCUUGUUGGUUAGCAAUGUCAUUAUAGCUCUGGCAAUUCCCUUUUUUGUGUCUCUAAUGUCACUUGUUGGAGCUUUUCUCAACGUGAUUGCUUCAAUUAUAUUGCCAUGUGCGUGUUACUUGAAGAUUUCGGGGCAUUACAAGAAGUUUGGAUUCGAGAUGGUGAUAAUAACUAGCAUCAUAGUGAUUGGUGUCCUAAUCGGCAUAGUUGGAACAUAUGUAGCUAUUGUAGAAAUUGUGGGAAAGAUGUAA